AUGACGGACCGUGGAGUGCGAACAUUGAUACCUGUUGGGUCUAAUGCAAAAAUAAACUUGAAGUACUUUAUGGACAGUGUUUUACAUAAGUUGUUGGAGGUCAAAAUUGCAAAGAAGCAAUUUGGGGAGCCUGACAAGGACGACUACCUAGUAGAAUGUCGGCGACCUCCAGGAUUUAUAACAACCUAUGGACCCGAAACGGCCAAGGUGUUUAAUGAAUUAAGUCAAAAUCAACGAAUAGCUUGUUCCGUGCAUGGUGUACCACCUCCAGAAGUUACUUGGGAUGCAGAAACGACAGCGUACGUAGCAAGGAACGUUGAGAGGCUCGAAACAAGUCAAUUUCGUGAAAGAGCGACCGAUGGGUCAUGGAUGGUUCAACGUCGUCUAACCUUUACUAAAGUAGUCUUAUCGGAUGACCGAGGGUAUACUUGUUUGGCGAAUAAUAUCGCGUCAAAUAAAACGCAAGAGUAUACAGUGACAGUAGUUCCUACCCCUGACAACUCGUCAUGGAUUAGGCCAACAUUCCUUUCCACCGGCAUUGCUUUGGCACUACUAACACCUGCAGUACUGCUGUUAUUAUGUCGCCGAAAACGGUCAAUUAAACUUGAGAAAAUCUACGAUGCCUUCAAGCAUGGUGGAAACUCAGAUGAUCAGUCAAACAACAAGAAACCCCAACUGCGACUUUCAUUCCUUCCUUCUGAGAUAUAUAGAAUUUAUCAAAACCUUAACGCCCUGCCUUUCCCAAAAGAAUUGCAGAUUAUUCCAUCACGACUGACUUUAAACAGGAAGCAUGUACUUGGUCGAGGAGAGUUUGGAACGGUGUACAUGGGUUUGCUGGAUGGGAUAACUCCUACGGCGAUUAAAACCGUUACAGACGACUCGGAUGACGCAAAACUCAACGCGCUUCUAUCAGAGGUGAAAGUAAUUGCUUACGUCGGAAGCCAUAAAAAUGUUACGCAGCUUCUUGGUGUACAGUUGGUAGAUCUGAGAACGGGUAUGCAAUUCAGAUCGUUUCCUACUAAUUUAGAUCUUUACAUCCAUUUCCUUAGUAUGAAUAUUUCAAAUUUUGUGUACAGGUCUGAUAUAUGUCGUUGUCGAGUACUGCUCGCUGGGUUCAUUAAAAGAAUUUCGUUAAACCCUUAUCCAGAUAUGAGUUAUUACGGUGGUGCCACCAAAUUUCUAAUGCGAUGGAGUUUCUGGGUUCUAAGAAGGUACAAAACAUCUAUUUAG